GGUGCGUACUAGUCGCAGGUACUAGCUCGUAACAGCUACGGUUUCUACAACAGUGCCAUACUGCAGUAAAUAUGCCUCCGAUCGUCUCUAAACUAGCAAUGGCAUUCCCGGCCGAUGAAAUGGUCGAAAUGCUUAAGCAGAUUGACAACAAUGUGCGGCAGAUAAUCCACACUUUGCGGGGAAAGGGUGCCGAUGUGCGACGGAAUGUGGCGGUGCUGUUGAACAAGUACAUGGACCUGCUGACCGACAUUCUGAGAGAAUGCAUGUGUUUCAAGAACUUUAUCGAGAUAUUACAGAGAAAUCUCGAAGGCAUUGAGAACAUCCUUAUCUUCGUGCUGAGGGGUACCGUCAGUGAGAUGCUGACAGACCUUAGGCUGGAGAAGUAUCUACCCAACUUCGAGAAGGAGGAUCUGACAGACGCUUAUCAGCUGAUUCAGACCAGCUUUGACAUCGAAGAAGUUGGGCUGCCCACCAGAGGAGCCAAACGCAAAAUUCAAGAUAGGAUCCAAUACUAUCGUCUUGAACUAAUGACGGUAAAGGAUCGCAUCCAAGAAGUGAGGAAAGAGGGGGAGAAGUGCCACCAAUCCUGCCAGGAGAUAACGCGCAAGUUCAACCGGUUCCUCUCAGAGAUCAACAAAACUCAGGAGGACAUCCUCACCUUGCUUGGCGACCAAAAGGGCAAGAAGGACAUCAUGUCAGUGAUGUACAUGAUUGUUGGUGGUGCGGCAAUAGCGUGCCUCGCUAGCUGCAUCGUUGGAGCUGUCGGUGUGGGUCUGGCGUUCUUUCAGACACCAGGAGCUGUUGUAUCUGUCUCUUCAGCGGUCAUGAUAGGCGGGGCGGCCGUUUUCGGUGCAGGGGCUGCUGCAACAGCUUGGGAUAUUGGUAAAGAAAUGAAAGAAAUGGAGAAGGUUCGCCAAGCCCUUGAUGAUUUGCAUGGGCAGUUAGACGCCAUGAACGCUGAGGCAGGGAAGCAGAGAGCGGCUUGGCGGGAUAUCGAGACCCAGGCGGAGAAGAUCGUGCACUACAUCGACAACUCGAAGAUGGAGAGGACCGCUGACGGUCUCAACCCCAGCCAUCGCCGCCCGGUGCAGGACGUGCUUGACGGCGUCCAGGUUGUGUUGGAAGAUGCUGCGGUCCUCCAGGCUAACGUGGUCCAGUUCAAGAAGGAAGCACAGCGCGUGCAGGGGAACCUCCGUCAAUUGUCCCUGAUGGACGACUCGGCUGUUGUGCUUGCUGCACCUGGAGGCCCGUCGGUGUCUCCUCUGGCACCGCUGUACGACCUGAUCACCCGCACCGUGAAGAUGAUGGGGACCGCCAAGGGAGGUAGCGGCGGUGUGGCAGAGCUCGCACAGAGCAUGGGGGCAUCUCUGACCGUGGGGUGAACAGAAACCGCGACUGUAAUGUCCCUUUCAUGUCCCUCCAGGAAGUUGUGUUAAUUUUCUGCUUAUUGAAUGGUUUCGUUUGCCUUUAAACAUAGCUUUGAGAUGUACGUCGUUCUAUAAUAAAAUUUCUUUGACUUUGUUCAAUACAACCAUAGUACCAAUGACGUAAGGUAAUAGUUCUAUCAAGAACAGUAGUAUACCGCUCAGUCGCAGCCUUGAGGGCUAAAUUGAUAUGACAUUACAGUGUAUGGUGGUUAAAGAUAGUGCUGUAGAUCAACAUGCUAGUAUAUAUAUCGACAGGUGGGACGGUGGAUGUACUCUUCAAGCAGAUAUGAGACUGGUAAAAGGUACUAUGACUUAUUUCAGACAAAGUCUUUAAUGUCGUUCUAGGUUAAUUUGUCCACCUAUCUAUAUGUCCACAUAUCUAUAUAUGUCUGAGUCAAUAUGAUUGUAUAAUGUGACGUCAUCGGCGUGAACCGAUCGAUACUCAAUGCUACUUGUGUUGCAAGAUGGGGAUUGGAAACAACGAGAACGUAUGUUUGAUGACUCAUGUUAGCAUCUGGGCAGGAAUAAAGCAGUCAUAGUAUCAAA